GGGGUUCUCGGUCGCCGGCCAUUCCUGGGGAGGACUGCCGGUCGGCCGGACGUUUCGCUUGUCGCUGGAGGAGAGGUCUUGGCUCUCCGGGAAGGCGGCUGCGACGGUAAAAUGAAGAUAUUCGUGGGCAAUGUCGACGGGGCCGAUACGACGCCGGAGGAGCUGGCAGCCCUCUUCGCGCCCUACGGCACGGUCAUGAGCUGCGCCGUCAUGAAACAGUUCGCCUUCGUGCACAUGCGCGAGAACGCGGGCGCGUUGCGUGCCAUCGAGGCCUUGCACGGCCACGAGCUGCGGCCGGGGCGCGCGCUCGUGGUAGAGAUGUCGCGCCCACGGCCGCUGAACACCUGGAAGAUUUUCGUGGGCAAUGUGUCGGCUGCGUGCACGAGCCAGGAACUGCGCAGCCUCUUCGAGCGCCGCGGACGCGUCAUCGAGUGUGACGUGGUGAAAGACUACGCGUUUGUUCACAUGGAGAACGAAGCAGAUGCCAAAGCCGCCAUCGCGCAGCUCAACGGCAAAGAAGUGAAGGGCAAGCGCAUCAACGUGGAACUCUCAACCAAGGGUCAGAAGAAGGGGCCUGUCCUGGCUAUCCAGUCUGGGGACAAGACCAAGAAACCAGGGGCUGGGGAUACGGCAUUCCCUGGAACUGGUGGCUUCUCUGCCACCUUCGACUACCAGCAGGCUUUUGGCAACAGCACUGGUGGCUUUGAUGGGCAAGCCCGUCAGCCCACGCCGCCAUUCUUUGGUCGCGACCGCAGCCCCCUGCGCCGUUCACCUCCCCGAGCCUCUUAUGUGGCUCCUCUGACGGCCCAGCCAGCCACUUACCGGGCCCAGCCCUCAGUGUCGCUGGGAGCUGCCUACAGGGCCCAGCCUUCUGCCUCUUUGGGUGUCGGUUAUCGGACUCAGCCCAUGACAGCCCAGGCAGCCUCUUACCGUGCUCAGCCCUCUGUCUCCCUCGGGGCCCCGUAUAGGGGCCAGCUGGCCAGCCCUAGCUCCCAGUCUGCUGCAGCUUCCUCACUUGGCCCUUACGGUGGAGCCCAGGCCUCAGCCUCGGCCCUCUCCUCCUAUGGGGGUCAGGCAGCUGCAGCGUCUUCACUCAACUCCUAUGGGGCUCAGGGCUCCUCCCUUGCCUCCUACGGUAACCAGCCAUCCUCUUAUGGCGCCCAGGCUGCCUCUUCCUAUGGAGUUCGUGCAGCUGCCUCUUCCUACAAUGCCCAGGGAGCAGCUUCCUCCCUAGGUUCCUACGGGGCCCAGGCAGCCUCCUAUGGGGCCCAGUCUGCAGCUUCCUCACUAGCUUAUGGGGCCCAGGCAGCAUCUUACAAUGCCCAGCCCUCGGCCUCCUACAAUGCCCAGUCUGCCCCCUAUGCUGCACAACAAGCUGCUUCCUACUCUUCCCAGCCUGCUGCCUAUGUGGCACAGCCAGCCACAGCGGCUGCCUAUGCCAGCCAACCCGCCGCAUACGCUGCACAAGCCACUAACCCAAUGGCUGGCUCCUAUGGGGCCCAGCCGGUUGUCCAGACCCAGCUGAAUAGUUAUGGGGCUCAAGCAUCACUGGGGCUGUCAGGCUCCUAUGGGGCUCAGUCGGCUGCUGCGGCCACAGGCUCCUAUGGGGCUGCAGCUGCCUAUGGGGCCCAGCCCUCUGCCACCCUGGCAGCUCCUUACCGCACGCAGUCGUCAGCCUCCUUGGCUGCUUCCUAUGCUGCCCAGCAGCAUCCCCAGGCUGCUGCCUCCUACCGUGGCCAGCCGGGCAGUGCCUACGAUGGGGCAGGUCAGCCGUCUGCAGCCUACCUGUCCAUGUCCCAGGGGGCCGUUGCCAACGCCAACAGCACCCCGCCGCCCUAUGAGCGUACCCGCCUCUCCCCACCCCGGGCCAGCUACGACGAUCCGUACAAAAAGGCUGUCGCCAUGUCGAAAAGGUAUGGUUCCGACCGGCGUUUAGCCGAGCUCUCUGAUUACCGCCGUUUAUCAGAGUCGCAGCUCUCGUUCCGCCGCUCGCCGACAAAGUCCUCGCUGGAUUACCGUCGCCUGCCCGAUGCCCAUUCCGAUUACGCACGCUAUUCGGGCUCCUAUAAUGAUUACCUGCGGGCAGCUCAGAUGCAUUCUGGGUACCAGCGCCGCAUGUAGGGCCAUCCGGGGUUGGGCACCACAGGGAGGGGAGGAGAGGUGGGACAGGGCACAGACCCAGGUUAUAACUGCUUGGCCCGCACCUCUCCUGUCUGCGGUUUUUCAUCCCCUCUGCCU